GAAUUCAGCAUACAAACAAAAUAAAAUGACCUCCUGGAGUGAUCGAUUACAGAAUGCAGCAGAUAUGCCUGCUAACAUGGAUAAGCAUGCCUUGAAAAAAUAUCGGCGAGAAGCCUUUCAUCGGGGGCAGAAAUGUUGCAGAUGUUUUUCUUUCAAAUUUCAACUUGCCCUGAGAUUUGGAAUUAACCUUUAGAAUGUUCUGGACUUAUCCUCCAUAUGCCAAAGGGUGUUUGUGAACCGAAGUUUAGCCAUGGAAAAAAUAAAGUGUUUUGGUUUUGAUAUGGAUUAUACACUUGCUGUGUACAAGUCCCCGGAGUAUGAGUCCCUUGGCUUUGAGCUUACUGUGGAGAGAUUAGUUUCUAUUGGCUAUCCUCAGGAGCUGCUCAGCUUUGCUUACGAUUCUACAUUCCCUACCAGGGGACUUGUCUUUGACACACUAUAUGGAAAUCUUUUGAAAGUUGAUGCCUAUGGAAAUCUCUUGGUCUGUGCACAUGGAUUUAACUUCAUAAGGGGUUCUCAGGUAGCUGCUCAGAAGAGACCAGAAACUAGAGAGCAGUACCCAAAUAAAUUUAUCCAACGAGAUGACACUGAAAGAUUUUACAUUCUGAACACACUGUUCAAUCUACCAGAGACCUACCUGUUGGCCUGCCUAGUAGAUUUUUUUACUAAUUGUCCCAGAUACACCAGCUGUGAAACAGGAUUUAAAGAUGGGGACCUCUUCAUGUCUUACCGGAGUAUGUUUCAGGAUGUAAGAGAUGCUGUUGACUGGGUUCAUUACAAGGGCUCUCUUAAGGAAAAGACACUCGAAAAUCUUGAGAAGUUUGUAGUCAAAGAUGGAAAACUGCCUUUGCUUCUGAGCCGGAUGAAAGAAGUAGGGAAAGUGUUUCUUGCCACCAACAGCGACUAUAAAUAUACAGAUAAAAUUAUGACUUACCUGUUUGAUUUUCCACAUGGCCCCAAGCCUGGGAGCUCCCAUCGACCAUGGCAGUCCUACUUUGACCUGAUCUUGGUGGAUGCACGGAAACCACUCUUUUUUGGAGAAGGCACUGUACUGCGUCAGGUGGAUACUAAAACUGGCAAGCUGAAAAUUGGUACCUACACAGGCCCCUUACAGCAUGGCAUAGUCUACUCAGGAGGUUCAUCUGAUACAAUCUGUGAUCUGUUGGGAGCCAAGGGCAAGGACAUUCUGUAUAUUGGAGAUCACAUUUUUGGGGACAUUCUAAAAUCAAAGAAACGACAAGGGUGGCGAACUUUCUUGGUUAUUCCUGAACUUGCACAGGAGCUGCAUGUCUGGACUGAUAAGAGUUCCCUUUUCGAAGAACUUCAGAGCUUGGAUGUUUUCUUGGCUGAACUCUACAAGCACCUUGACAGCAGCAGCAAUGAGCGCCCAGACAUUAGCUCCAUCCAGAGACGUAUUAAGAAAGUAACUCAUGACAUGGACAUGUGCUAUGGGAUGAUGGGAAGCCUGUUUCGCAGUGGCUCCCGGCAGACCCUCUUUGCCAGUCAGGUGAUGCGUUAUGCUGAUCUCUAUGCAGCAUCUUUCAUCAAUCUGCUGUAUUACCCAUUCAGCUACCUCUUCAGAGCUGCCCACGUCUUGAUGCCUCAUGAAUCAACGGUGGAGCACAUACACGUAGAUAUCAAUGAGAUGGAGUCCCCCCUUGCCACCCGGAACCGCACAUCAGUGGAUUUCAAAGACACCGACUACAAGCGGCACCAGUUGACACGGUCAAUUAGUGAGAUUAAACCUCCCAACCUCUUCCCACUGGCCCCCCAGGAAAUUACACACUGCCAUGAUGAAGAUGAUGAUGAGGAGGAGGAGGAGGAAGAGGAGGAAGAAGAAUAAGGAGGAAAACCAAAACUCUGAGCACCCAUUAAACAAGUUCACGGGACUCUCAGGAGCAAAGGAUGUUCUUCUGUGGGUUCUCGUUGGGGGGGAGCUCCAUCAAAGGUAUAUCUGGAAAGGUUCUGAAGACUUUAAAUAUUCUAAUCAUAGGGACAUACUUGUAUUAGUUUUGUGUGUCUGCACUCUUUGCAGAUGGUUCAAAAUAGUAAUGGAGUCUGUAUUGGAAGUGAGGGUAAACCCAGGCUGAACUGCAUGCAGAUGGCUCCAUCGUGGCUUGUGACACUGUUUCCUUGUCUUAUUUCAUCAUCAUUAUGUUGUAGUGUAUCUGGAUACACUAAGGGUGGUGAAGGGUCUCAGAGUAAAGCAAGGACGACGAUGGGAAGAGGUCAUCCAAAAACACUGUUAUGUCACAAAUUGUGCUCUUACUCCAAAAUUCAUCUUUUUCAGUGCAUUACACAGUAUUGUAUAUCCGUGGCGAAAUAUAUUGUUUUCAUUAUUAAAUGUAGUCUUCUGUUAAGGUCCAGGUUCCUUUUACAAGCCUUUAAGUGUCCUCAGUAAUUCUGGUAAGGCUGCUGUCUGUCAGUGGCUUUGCAGAAGUGUUCUCUACUUGCUGUAGGGCUGGUCUAAAAUGGACUGCAACAAUUUCAUUUUGAGGUAAAAGUCUUCAUCCUUUUCUACAGUUUUUUGAUUAAUAGCGAAAAUGUUUAUGUUAUCCAAACACAUAAUCUUUUUUUCAUCUGGGAUAAAUCCAAAGGCAGAAUUUAGCUGAAAGAGGACAAAGGAGCAAGCCCCCCCCCCCAAAAAAGAAAAAGGAGAACCUUCUUCUAUUACAGCAUAA